CUGUCACGCACGCGCACGCGCGAACCGCGUGCUACCGCAAAGCCUCCCCGCAAUCUUCUUUGCUCUUUCAAACACCAUUCCGUGCGUGUGCGCGUUGAGUCGAGCAGCGUCCGCGGUUAAUAUGAGCGGCGGCGGUCCGGUGGGCGCCAUCGCUACCAGGUGAACAAAACAAAGCGGUUGGAGCGAGCGAGCGAGCGACCGACCGACCCGCAGGAGGCUCGGAAAUGGUCGCCGGGCACCGCCGGUGAACGCUCGCCGCCGUCGCGUUGAUGCGGCACGGAGAAGGCGACACGCCGAGCGAGCAGAGUGUCCGCGCAAGUAACCGUGUUUUAGCGAGGGGGACGCCAGCCAUCCCGUCUUGAAGAUGGCGGCCGUGGUCAACUACUCGCCGCCAUGGUGGGUGAACCUGCUCCACCGCUUGCCUCAUUUCAACUUGGACUUCCAGUUGGUCAGCAGCGACUUUCGGCCUGAAGACCCCGAGUAUCAAAAGUCGGUGCUGCUGCUGGGCUCGGUGGCUCUCUUGUGUUUGGGCCUGGACCUCCUGUUCCUCCUCUUUUACUCCUUCUGGCUUUGCUGCCGCCGCCGCAAGAGCGGCGAGUCGUCGGCGUCAGCGCACCACGCGCACUCCCGGCAGCCCAGCGCCGACUGCUGCUGCACCGCCUGGUGCGUCAUCAUCGCCACCCUGGUGUGCAGCGCCGGCAUCGCCGUGGGCUUCUACGGGAACGGCGAAUCGAGCGACGGCGCCGGUCGCCUGGCCUACUCCCUGCGCCAUGCCAACCGCACCGUGUCGGGCGUGGAGAAACUGGUGCGGGACAACGCCUUGGCGCUGAACCAGACGGUGGAGGAGAACCUGGCCCAGCUGGAGACGAUCUACCGGGAGCAGACGGACUACGUGUCCAUCGUCCAGAAGCUGCAGGGGCAGCUGGACGAGCUGCUCAGGCUCCUGGCCGACGUGCCCUUCUGGUCCAACACGGCCGUGUCCCUGGAGGAGCUGGCCAGCCGGACCGAGGCCUUCGACUUCUACAGGUGGUUGGGCUACCUGGGCCUGCUGCUGUUUGACGUCCUCAUCUGCCUCCUGGUUCUCUUCGGACUCAUACGCAACUCCAGGGGAACUCUCAUCGGCGUGUGCCUGCUGGGCGUGCUGACGCUCGUGGUCAGCUGGGCGUCUCUGGGCCUGGAACUGGCCGUCGCUGCGUCGGCCAGCGACUUCUGCGAUUCCCCCGACGCGUACGUCACCCGCGCCACCAAGGAGAACGCCGUCAUCGAUCAAGAUAUCCUGCAGUAUUACCUGAUGUGCAGCCCGGGACAAGUCAACCCCUUCCAGCAGAGGCUGUCGGGGAGCCACAAGGCCUUGGUGGAGAUGCAGGACGACGUGUCCGAGCUUUUGCGAUCGGCCACGCGGGAAUACGCCAACACGAAGGCGAGUCUGGAUCAGAUCCAGUCGGUGCUGAACUCUACGGAGGUGGGCCUGCAUCAGCUGACGGCUCUGGUGGACUGUCGCAGCCUGCACAUGGACUACGUGCAGGCUCUGACGGGCUUGUGCUACGACGGCGUGGAGGGCCUCAUCUACCUGGCGCUCUUCUCCUUCGUCACGGCGCUCAUGUUCUCCUCCAUCGUCUGCAGCGUGCCGCACACCUGGCCCGGCAAGAGGACGGAUGAGGAGGACGGAGAGGACGAGUCGGGCGCCUCGCGGGGCGGCGGCGGCGUUCACGAUAACCUGUACCGCGUUCACAUGCCCAGUCUCUACAGCUGCGGCUCCAGCUACGGUAGCGAAGCUAGCCUGCCCGCCACCGCCCACACCGUCAGCAAUGCCCCCGUCACUGAGUACAUGAACCAGAACGCAAACUUUCAGACCCCCCGGUGUGAGAACACCCCCUUGAUUGGCAGGGAGUCCCCUCCACCCUCUUACACCUCCAGUAUGAGAGCCAAAUACUUGGCCACCAACCGCCCCGACCAGAACCGCCGCUCCGUCCCCAACGACCAGCUGGACCCGGCCAACCGGCCCCACGCCGCCGCCCGGCCGCAGUCUUCGGUCCACUAGUGACCCAUCGUGAUACACGUUCAAUUUGCACACGCGCGCAUGCACGCACACACACUGUACAGAAGCUGUAAAUAUGAAUUAUAACUCCACCACUGAGUUGAUAACUGGUGAUGUGCUGUGCCGUGCACUUAUAUUGCUGUCUCUCUCACUCACACACACACACACACACACACACAUGCAAACUCAUGUAGUCCAACAUCAGGAUCAUAAUAACACCGAAGGCUGGACCAUACAACUGCCCUUGUUGCUGGAAUUCAAGCACUCGGGAGCAUUUCAAUUGAGAGGCCCACCACGUGCCAAAAUAAACGAGGGUGCCUGAAAAUGAUGCUAGCAAAACGGUUACUUUCUGUAUACAUAAAAAAAAAUUGAAUAAGGAUCAAAGCCGCAAUAGGAAGAAGAAGAGGAGGAGGAGAGAGGACGAUGGGAAAAGCAGGAAAUUGUUUGCUUGGUGCUACUUACCAUGAGCUGGCAAGGGAAAAAAAACGUUUUUGUGCUUCCCCCCCCCCCCCCAAAUAUUUUACCACAAGUGAUACUGUGAUGAACUUUUUUUGGGGGGGAGUCCUCAUAAGCACAAUUUUUUUUUCUCCGAGGUGACUUUUUGAAGGCUAAAUGGGACACUGCCAAUGUUGCUCUUGCUACUGUACAAUAUGUGAAGACUAGAGUUGUGUGUGAGUGUGUGUGUGUGUGUGUGUGUGUGAGAGGGAGACAUCUGUGUUUACAUUGAAGCUAUACGGCCUCUCCGCACGCACGGACGGACUCACGCUUGAGCCAAACGUCUUUAGUCAGUAACGGUAAUUUCAACUUUUUCAAAUAGUUCCGAUCAGAAGGCCGUUUGUAUCCAUUAACCGUUAUGUAAAUUGAGCGUGAAAUGCUAACCGAUCGCCACACAGAUGUAGAAAGAAAGGAAAAAGUGCCAGUAGGUGGCAGUGUCUUUUUGCAUCAUAUGUCGACUGGUCGAAAAAGCGCAGUUAGGAUAAACACUAGGGUAGUUCUUUUGGUUUUUUUUGCGUUUAGCGGGGAAUGUUAAUGUCCAUUUUUCCCAAAAUGUGUGUAUUUAAGAUGUGGUUGUAUAAAACCGUUUUUAGCCAUAAACAAUUCUGUACACACACACACACACACACUAGGCGUAUGUUUAAGCAAUGAAAACUUUUUUUGGGGGGGGUUGAUUCACAUACAAGUUCAAACCAUCCCCAUUUACAAGUAGUUGGCAAUGCUUAGUCGUUUUUAUUGUUUUGCUUGUUCGGAAAUAUUACAGUACCUUCCACUUUUAAUUUUUUUUUCUUCCUUUAGCCUGUUGACUAAAAAUAAAUGUGAAAAUUUUUUUAGCCGUGAGCGAUCUCACACACACAUGCUGGGCAUACAUUUUCACAAUGGCAGCCGAGCAGUAACUUCCACUUUUUUCCCGUGUAUUUACAUUUUACGUUGUUGCUGUUUAAAUGAAAGGACAGUUUUACGGGCGUUUGUUUCUUUUCAUGUGUCAACCCCCCCCCCCCCCCCCCAAAAAAAACGGCCAAGCAAUUCAGUUGAAACGUUUUUUUUUUGUCACGUAAACAAUCUCUCACACACGAUAACUCAAGUUGGCAAUGUCAUUUUUGUGUGAAGAAAGGCUCCACAUAUUGCAAAAGUUGACUUAGCAAAAAUGCUACGGUCGUGCUUUGUCUUAGUGUACUUUUAUUGGGGGGCUAAUAUUUGCAUUCUUAGACCGCUGCCGUUUAAACGAAAGGUUGUUUUAAGUCUCAAUGUCCUCCAUCUAUGCACUUGUGCAUUGUGAGUUGCACACCUUGUCAGAGAAGGGAUGUUAAUAUACACACUAGCUUCGUCUUACACUUGUACUUUUACAGGUAAACAAUUUGUUGUGCUUGGACAGGAAUGGCAACAUCUUUAAGAAAUCCGCAGGCUGUCUCCGAAGUCAUUGAACUGGCCAGAACCGCAUCGCUUUUAACAAUCCGGCAUAGGUCAUUAGCAUUAGCAUUGUGAGAGUGUCAUAGUCAACUUUGAAGGUCGCCUAAUUUCUGACCAUGUACAGCAUUAGCACGUUUGAAUUCAUGGGUUUAACCGCCAUUUCUCGUGUUUGCGAGACAAUCUUACAUUUUUAGGCUAACUAUUGUCUUCAGCCCCAUCAUGCUACGUUCAACGAGCGUUUGAUAUCUUUCAUAAUGUUUUUAAAACGUCUUUCCAUGCUCCUAAUCGUCAUUUUUUUUAAAGAUUAUCUCCAAGUCUUGUAACAUAAUGAAAGUUAAGACAAAAAAAAAUAGUACCUAGUUGUUUUUCUACAAUGUGGCUGUUUUUAUUUUAACCUGUGAUUCCACUAAGAGAGAAACGAAGUAUUCAUGAUGUACAUCUCCAAGCUGUGGUAACAAUUUAAUUCGAGCUGGAAAAUAAAUGUUGAAAAACGCAAAGAAGUGACAUUAAAACACCUUUAACAUGGA